AGUAAGAAUUUGGUGCACUAAAAACGUCCUAUCUUAAAGCUUAGUGGAAGUCGUUUGGCUUUAUGUUGAUGUUUACCAGGUUUACAUAGCUUUGUUUUGUUUAGCUCAGCUAGCGAGCUAAGACACGUGAAAGCAUUUCGAAUGGUUCAGCUGAAUGCCACUUCCGAAUUGCCAACGCAAUCAAAAACAUCCAGCUAAAGAGUAGAGACGUGGAAGACCAGGUGAGGAAAUACCGGCCACGACGAGCGACUGAAAAGACAAAAGAAAAUGAGGUGUCCCGUGGACGUCACGAUGAAAAAGCUUCACCCUCAGAAGCACGAUCCCCUCCCCGUUAAACAGGAGGAGUCGGAGAUGCCGUACAUCAAACAGGAGGAGGAGCCAGAGACCCCCAACAUUAAAGAAGAAAAACAGGAAGAUGAAAUCCCCGAGUUUCCAAUGACUGUCAGUGUGAAGAAUGAAGAAGACAAAGUUCCAAGCAAAGAGAGCGGAGUAGCGAAACCUUCGAGCGACAGCUCAUUUCAACACCUGACAACAAAAGGAGAGGCACGAUCGCAACCUGACGGUUUGUUAGCCCCGCUCUCAGACAGUGACGACGUAACGUCACACUCUUCUGAUUUUAACACUGAUGAUGAGGAUAAAGACUUUGACUCAAAUGCUUCAAAAUCCUUAAACAAGUCCUCAUUGAAAAGAGACACAAAAGCAGUUGGGAAACGUUUUACCUGCUCACUUUGUGAUAAAACAUAUUCUCAGAAACAGCACUUAAAAAGACACAUGCAUACACACACCGGGGAGAAGCCUUUUGGCUGCACAGUUUGUGGUAAAAGAUUCGCUUUGAAGUUUGAAUUAAUAAGUCACACAAGGACACACACUGGGGAAAAGGCUUUCGCCUGUACACAUUGCGGUAAAAGAUUUUCUUGGAAGCAAGCGUUAAAAACACAUACUCGUACACACACCGGGGAAAAGCCUUAUCUCUGCAAGUUUUGCGGUAAAAGAUUCACGCAGAAGGGACAAUUAACGCGUCACAUAAGUGCACACACUGGAGAGAAGCCUUUUGUCUGCACAUUUUGUGGUAAACAGUUCGCUGAGAAGGGAAGUUUGAAGAAACACACAAUGACACACACUGGCGAAAAGCCAUAUCCCUGCUCAGUUUGCCAUAAAAGAUUCUCUCAGAAAAGACUACUAAACUAUCACACAAGAACACACACUGGAGAAAAGCCUCUAGUCUGCACAGCUUGUGGUAAACGAUUCACUGAGAAGGGAAGUUUAAACAAACACACAAUGACACACACUGGAGAAAAGCCAUUUCCCUGCUCAGUUUGCCAUAAAAGAUUCUCUCGGAAAGAAAGGCUAAACCGUCAUAUGAAAACACACACUGGAGAAAAGCCUUUUGUCUGCACAGCUUGUGGUAAACGAUUCACUGAGAAGGGAAGUUUAAACAGACACACAAGUACACACAUUGGAGAGAAGCCUUUCACCUGCAGUCAUGAAAAUCACUCACCUUUCGGCAAAAUUCACCGUUUUGAAGUCAAAAAGGGUGACCUACGUGAAUUGUGUAGAUCCGAGGAGAAAAUUUUUAGGGGGGGAGGGGAGGUCGUAAGUCAAUAUAACUAACUAACGACAUGUUUUAUUGAAGUUGCUAAGCCUGUCGCGAUAUGCAAUGAGUCCAUUUAUCUGCAAGGUAAAUAAAAAUGAGGGCAGUAAUUUUCACGGCUGCGUUUUAUCACCGCAUGCGUGCAUACAUUUGUGCGUGCGUGUAGAUGACAUAUGAGACUCCAGUUGUUGUGUCCAGAUGUUUAUUGGUCAAUAACAUGCCUUAGAAUUACAGUUCACACAUACAAAAUAAGGAAACACAUCUAUAUUAAACACUGUAAACGUUAGCAUUGCUACAUUGAGACUAAUGGGGAAAAACGACAACUUACUUUAGAAAACCAGAUGAGUUAAUCAAGUAUAAUCAAGUAUACUGGUUGUCAACCAUAAUACUGUGUCAAUGUUUACACUUGGUACUUAAGGGUAUUUAUUAUAUGGGUUUUGCACUUUACCAACUUAGUUGUAUGGAUGCUCCAAACAAAGUUUCAUUGUGCUUUUUGCAACAAUGACAAUAAAUAUUCUGAAUCUGAAUCUGCUAUAAAACAAUGGCAGUCUUUUCCAAAACGCAAACUUGCGGUUAAAAGGUGAUACUUCAAACAUGAAAAAUCGCUGGUUAACAACAUUUGCAAACGAAAAAAUGAAAAGGAAAAAAAAAAAAAUCAGCGACAGCACAAACAAUGACAAAAAGUGCUUCUUGCGGAAUGUAAAGUUGUCAGCGGUUUAGCGAACGUACUUCCGGUGUAAAUUUUAAUGAUAAAAGCAUGUCAUAUAAAUAACGAUUUCUGGAGCUAAUCUCACAUACUUAAGAAACAGAAAUAAUACUAUAAUAUGUAAAUACUAUAAUACUUCAGAAUUCAGAUUUUACCAUAAGAAUAACUUUAAAAUGACACCCUUUUUUAAAAAAAAAUAUGAUUGGCAAUUGAUAUUAUAAUUGUUAUAAUACUAUUAUAUGUAGUAGUAUACUAUAAUAAUAUUGCUAGACAUUUUUUUGUUGUAAGAAUUGUUUUGAAUAUUGUUGGAAAGGCGAAGUCAGUGUUCUGAAUCUGUUUACAUUCCAUUCUUCGCACGGGUAAAUGCGAUCAGCUAAGCCUGCACAAUAUAUCCUUUGAACAUCGCCAUCGCAAUGUGCGCAUGCGCAAUAGUCACAUCGCAGGAUGUGCAAUUUUUUUUCUUUUUUUCAACAUUUAAACUUUUGUUUUACAUCAUGAACGCAGCACGUGUGCAGAUCCUGGACUAAACUGAGUUAUGAAAAUUAGAGCCGAUGGCACCAUCUUUCAGAGCAUCGGAAUUUAAAAACAAUAUACAAUCAUGUUGUAACAUACAUUCACGGUGGCUGAGUGGUUAGCACGUCUGCCUCACAGUUCUGAGAUCAAGGGUUCAAUCCCGGGCUUUGGGUUUGCAUGUUCUCCCCGUGCCAGCAUGGAUUUCCUCAGGGAAUUCCGGUUUCCUCCCACAUCCCAAAAACAUGCAUGGUAGGCUGAUUGAACACUCUAAAUGGCGUACCGCAAGCAACACGUCACUUCCGCUCAUUAAUAUUCAUGAAAUUAGCUACUGUUGCUAAGCAAGGACAAGCCACCGUUUGUCCCUAAUAGGAAAUGAAUGGAAAUCGUGUACGAAGGAGCUAAUCCUACCAAUUCUCUCCAAAAAUGAUGUGCCUGGUGCCAAAUUGAUUGGCAUAGAUGUGGAAGAACAUAAAAAUGUUCAGUUAAAGAGAUGGCUUUAGUGUCGAAGGCUGAAAAAGACGAAAAAACGAGCCGACCUAAGCAUAGCUUUAGCUUUUUUUAUCGACGCAACUGACAAUGACAUUCCCCUGUUUCAACAAGCUAUCCUUUACCAUCAGCCCUGUCUUUCUUAUAUAUCCUCUGGUUGUCCUACGUCUCUUACCGUUCUUGGAGGUAAUUUAGUUAGCUUUGUGUAGCGAUCGCAAAUGCUACUCAGUGACCGCCAACGAACACUUUUAAUUUUUUCAUUGUUAACACAUCUUAAUCCUAUAAUUUAUUUACACUUCCCCCUUACUAAAGUUUUUUUUUUUAUAUAUAUAUACAACAGAAACGGUAACAGUGGCAGUCAGAUACCAUUGUAAUUCUUCUCAGGUCAUUCAUUGUCAGACAGAAGCAGUACGGCACAACGUUACGCAAAAGAAAUAAGUUAAAAAUAUAAAAAUGGCUUACCUCUUUGUCCUCUGAAAGACCAUGCCAACCCAACAUAAUGUCUACUGCAUAUGAAACGUGAAUGGAUUCGCCGAGCUGGUGUUAAAGUCCGCGCAAGUUGAUUCGGUCUCCACAUUUUUUCCUCCCGAGUUUUUGGUUUCCGGAAACCUAUGAAGAAAACAUCCUCCAUGUGUCACAAUGUCUAGAGUCGUUUCUACAAGUUCCAAAAAAGCAAUGCGUGAUCGGCAUGUUCGUUUUUGAAAGAUUACCGGAGAAAAGUAGCACUUUUUACUUUGAGUCUAUGCGAGGGCGGGUCUAUAAUGUCCCACUUCGGCUAUACUUCCGCUUUACGAUGCGACGUCACGGUCUAAAAAUAGCCUGCGUGCGGUACGCCAUUGUCCGUAGGUAUGAGUGUGUGCGUGAAUUAGGCCUGUCGCGAUAACAAAUUUUAGUGUGCGAUAAUUAUUCUCAUAAAUUAUUGCGAUAUUAUUGCAUAUUAUAUAGAUAAAUUCAAAAAUACUCUUUAAGAAAUCACAACUAAAAACAAUAGACCAUGCUUCUUAAGUAAAAAACAACAAUAUUGAUACCGCACAGAAACACAGAAUACAUAAAUUGUGUUAAAAAAAAAAAAAGAAACAAAAAAGGCACUUAAUAACUUAAGCAUUUAGGCAAAUUAAAACUUUUCCCGUCAUAGCUUCUGCAAUGGUGUUCCAUAGGGAUGCAACGACACAGUUAAGUCACUGUUCGGUACGAUUUUUGAUACGGGGGACACAAUUUUCGAUGCGAUUCAAUUAGAGCUGCAACAAUAAAUCGAUUAACUCGAGUAUUCGAUUAGAAAAAGAUAUUCAAAUUAAAUUUUGCUGAUUCGAGUAUUCGUUUAAUUAAAGUGACGUUGUAACGGUUUAUUUUGAAAGUGCUUGCAUUUAGUUUUAUUGAUUUGGGUGGAUACACUGUCUUCUAUUCGGCCUCAAUUCACAUGGCUGAAUCCAGGUGCUCCCUGAUAAGACCAACAUAAGCACAAUUUUGUUUGAGGAUUUUUUUUUUUUUAAUGCAUUCGUAAUUUAGUUUAUAGGUAUAUUUAGCCUAUUUUUGUGGGAAUAUGUGUCUGAACCAUUUGUUAAGAGCAUUGUAAAAAAAAGUUUUUGCAUUUUAUAGCAUUUGAACUAGCGGACUUUUGCGAUGCAAGUUAGCCAAUUGUUCUUUUGUUGUACAUAGAUCCUCAUUUAUUUAUUUAUUUUUUAAUACCGUUUGAGGCUCAGCUCAGUUAAUUUAAUUUUUCAUGUUCCUUAUCCGAUUACUCGAUUAUUCGAAAUAAUGGUUUAUCGAUUAAUCGACUACUAAAAUAAUCGAUAGCUGCAGUCCUAGAUUCAAUACAUUUAAUGCUCUGUAAAAAAAAUAACAAUUAUAUUAUUUGUUUCGUUUUUUUUGUUUUUUGUUUUGCUAAUGAGCAAAAAUUAAAUUGCCAUCAUAUAAACAUGCAUUUUAGUGCAUAAUAUUUAUGUGCUUACUUCUUACUGAUCUGAAAAAUUUUUGUAUAAAAGUGCUGAGAACAAUCUUUACUGUUGGUAAAGUGAGGCAAGGCACACUGUUGAUUGCUACAGCUCUCUUAGCAGCUAGGUUUACUACAUGAGCAAGACAUCCUAUUUGUGGUCCGAAUCCAUCUGUGUCACGUACUGAAUUAACAAUAUUUGCAACAUUAUCUAUAGUCACUGGAAUGGAUUGAUUUGGCCUUCUUAACUUACAUUCAGUCAUGACAGUUUAGAAUUCAUCGAUGUAGUAUAUGGACUACGUGUCCCAUAAUCACUCUGUGCUCACGUAGCCAAUGGCAUGGGACGUAGUACAUCUAGUUUGCCAUUUCAUGAUAUCUAGUGUAAGUGCCGCUGAAGUCACGUCUGCUCAUUACUACACAACACCAGCAUAUGACACAGCGCUCUUAAUUUCAUUCAACUGUUCGUUGUCAAAGCGAGUUUGUUCGUAGCAGCCUAGUCGGUAACAAAUGUUUUGGCGGACUUCUUUGUAAAUAUCCGGCGUUGUGCUGAAAAAUAGCCGCCCCGCGUGAAAUGUCACUCCUGACGGGAGCGCCCACACGUCAACAACACCGGCGCGCCGUAGAUGGUCCACAGUCACUCCGGAGCACUGACGCGGCCGUUAUACGUUGAACAAUAGGAUAUAAUGGGAACGAUUGGCUCCGGCGCUAGUUUUUGCCGGACCUGGAACGAAAAUGCAUUUUGCGUAGUUGGUAACGAGGAAUCCGAACUUUUAACAGCACGUCUGCCGCACGCGCGCGCGCACAUGAGGCGAUAAAUCGCAGGGGGAAAAUUACCUUCAUUUUUAUUUAUCGCGCGAUAAAUGCAAUUAUUGCAUAUUGCGACAGGCUUAGCGUGAAUGGUUGUAUGUCUCCUUGUGCCCUGCGAUUGGCUGGCAACCAGUUCAGGGUGUCCCCUGCCUACUGCCCGUAGUUAGCUGGGAUAGGCUCCAGCACCUCCGCGACCCUCGUGAGGAAAAGCGGCAUGGAAAAUGAAUGAAUGAAGGAUACAUUCAUGUUUUUCUGUUUCAUGCUCGUACGGCACCAGUGUCUCACUCUCCCUCCUGCUAGGCAGCGUGACCAAACUGUUUUUCUUCGUCAACAGUGCGGUAUCCCGAACGGAGCUAUUCAAGUUAUUUGGUGAAAUGUUCUCGUUUUAAUAUCGCAAGAUAAUAUCGCAAACUCCCCAAAAAGUUUUUCCAAUAUCGUUCAGGCCUACUAUCAGCAUUUGACCUCAGUGUUCAUGUGUGAUUGAUUAUUGUUAUUUACAUGUUUAUUUGUACUUUAAUAAAGAAUUUAAGUGUUCCAAAAUGUCUUUGUGAAUUAAUAAGCGUCAACAAAAAUUUAAUUGCUAAAUUAAUAAAAAUAAAUAAAUAAAAUAUUUAGUCGACUAAUUGUAAAAAUAGGUGGCUGACUAAUCGGGAGAAAAUUAGUUGUUUGGGACAGCCCAACCGGAACAUAUUUCCUCCACACCCUUCUCACCUUUUUAACACCUGACCCAUUUUCAUGCCUGCACCUGAUCAUUUUGUGGUAAAGGAUUCAACCGGAAUGAAGAUUUAAACAACCACGCAAAAAGACACACCUAAUUUACUUACGGCUUACUGCUUUUGACAAUUUUACUUCUGAUUAUCGGCAUUUUGAAAUACAGUGAUCCCUCGUUUUUCGCGGUUAAUAGGGAUGACCAUAACCCCCCUCCCUUCCCUGCUCCAAACCCUGGUGGCAUCCACACCAGAUGACCGAACCACCUCAACUGACUCCUUUCUACAUGAAGGAGCAGCGGCUCGACUCGGAGUCUCUCGCGAAUAGCAGCGUUUCACACCCUGCCUCUAAGUGAGACACUAGCUAUCCACGUGAGAAAGUCCAUUUCGGCCGCUUGUACUCAUGAUCUUGUCCUUUCGGUCAUGGCCCAUGGUUCAUGACCAUAGGUGAGGGUAGGAACGAAGAUUGAACGGUAGAUGGAAAGCUGUGCCUUUCGGCUCAGCUCCCUCUUUGUUGCAACAGUGCGAUAAAGUGACUGUAAUACCGCUCCUGCUGCCCCGAUUCUCCUUCCAAUCUCACGCUCCAUUGUUCCCUCACUCAUGAACAAGACCCUGAGAUACUUUAACUCCUUCACUUGAGGAAGGACCUCUUUCCCUACCCGGAGAAGGCAAUCCACCGGUUUCCUGCAAAGAACCAUGGCCUCAAAUUUGGAGGUGCUGAUCGUCAUCCCCGCCGCUUCACACUCUGCUGCAAACCUGUACAGUAAGUUCUGCAGGUCACAGGCUUAUGAUGCAAACAGGACCACAUCAUCUGCAAAAAGCAGCGAUGCAAUCCUCAGCCCACCUAACUGUAAACCCUCUCCACCACGACUACACCUCAAUAUCCUGUCCAUAAAAAUGACGAACAGAUUUGGUGACAAAGCGCAACCUUGACGAAGUCCAACACCCACUGGGAACAAGUCUGACUUACUGCUGAGGACACGAACACAACUCUCACUUUGGGUGUACAUGGAUUGGAUGGCCCUAAGAAGUGGCCCCCUCACCCCAUACUCCCGCAGUACCUUCCACAGUAUAUUCCGGGGGACCCAGUCAUAUGCCUUUUCCAAGUCCACAAAGCACAUGUAGACUUGAUGAACAUACUCCCAAGCCCCCUCCAGGAUUCCAGCGAGAGUAAAGAGCCAGGACAGAACCCAGAUUGUUCCUCCUCAAUCAGAGGUUCCACAAUUGGCCGCACCCUCCUUUCCAGUACCUUGAAGUCGACUUUCCCCAGGGAGGCUUAGGAGUGUGAUGCCCCUGUAAUUGGCACAAAACCUCUGGUCCCCCUUUUUAAACAGAGGAGCCACCACCCCAGUCUGCCACUCUUUCGGUACUGUCCCAAACUGCCACGCAAUGUUAAAGAGGCGUGUCAUCCAUGACAGCCUUUCCACACCCAGAGCCUUCAGCAUUUCAGGGCGAAUUUCAUCAACCCCCGGUGCUUUGCCACCGCGGAGUUGUUGAACCACCUCGGUGUCUUCGCCCAGAGAGAUUGAAUCAAUCCACCCUCAUCCUCCAGCUCUGUCUCUAUAACAGAGGGCGGGUCAGUUGGGGUAGUUGGAUUCAGGAGUUCCUCAAAGUGUUCCUUCCAACGGCCGACAUCUUCCUCAGUCGAGGUCAACAGUGUUCCAGCCUUGCUGUACACAGCUCUGAUGGUUCCCUGUUUCCCCUUCUUGAGGUGCCGGACAGUCUUCCAGAACAACUUUGGUGCCGUCCGAAAGUCCUUCUCCAUGGUCGCUCCGAACUCCUCCCACUCCUCUAUUUAGCCUCCAUCACAGCCGAGGCUGCAGUCCAUCGGGCCUGUCGGAACCUUGUAUUUGCUUCAGGAGUCCACAGUGACAACAUGCCCCUGAAGGCUUCCUUCUUCAGUCGAACGGCUUCCUUGACCACCGGGGUCCACCAUGGUGUUCGAGGGUUACCACCACUUAAGGCACGUAAGACCUUAAGACCACAGUUUUCGGCUGCAGCUUUAGCAAUGGAAGCUCUGCACACAGUUUUCGGCUGCAGCUUUAGCAAUGGAAGCUCUGAACACAGACCAGGUUCAAUGUCUUCAGCUUCCACAGGGAUUUGAAAGAAGCUGCUUCGGAGGUGGGAAUUGAAAGUCACGCAGACAGUCUUCCUCCAGACGUUCCCAGUUCACCCGCACUAUCCGUUUGGGCUUACGAGGUCUGUCCAGAGGCUUUCCCUGCCAACGAACCCAACUUACCACCAGGUGGUGAUCGGUUGACAGCUCAGCCCCUCUCUUCACAUUGACCUUUGACCUUGAGUGCUCUGGUACCAGGUACACUUAUAAGCAUCCUUGUGUUUGAACAUGGUGUUAGUUAUGGACAAAUCCAUGACUCGCACAGAAGUCCAAUAACAUAUCACCACUCAGGUUUCGAUCAGGGAGUACGUUCCUCCCAAUCACACCCCUCCAGGUGUCUCCGUCAUUGCCAACGUAUGCAUUAAAGUCACCCAGGAGACAAUGGAGUCCCCUUCAGGGGUCCCGUGAAGAACCCAAUUCAAAGACUCCAAGAAGGCCAAAUAUUCUGAGGUGCUAUUUGGUGCAUACGCGCAUAUGGUUAAGCUACCCUGUUCUACAGUUUGUAAGCCAAACAUGCUUUGUAUAUGAGGCCAAGGGUGUUGAUUAUUUUCAGGUACAACAUCGGAGACUGUUGCCGCUACCAUUUUACAAAGGCUUUUCAACUCUUUUGGUUCUUUGUUUCAAAUACUUUUUGUUUUGUCUUGAAAUGCCACGUAAAAAUGUUUAACUUUGUUUAUCUUUGUGAAUUGUUUCUCAGCAUAACGUCAACUGCA